AUGGCCGAUUACUGCUGGCAAACGCAGGCCUCUCCGACAGGCUCCCAAUGGCUUUCGGGAAAUGGAAUGUAUGACCAGUCGACCAUGCAGGACGUGGCCUGUGCUUUCCCUCGACCACGACACUCCCGAGUCAUGAAGCCUCGGAGUGCGGGCACGAGCCCAUCGUCCACCAACAGGAGGAAAAUGGUGGCCCAGAGCAUGAUCCAUGGACUGCCAACCCAAUACCAGUCCUCCCUGGAAGCGGCUCUCCUCGCUUCGACGGCCCGGGAUUCCCGUCCGAUUAGUUGGCACCCGUCCUCAGCCCGGACCCGAGGCCUUUCGAACCCGCAAUGUAUGCCCGAUUUCACCUCGGAGAACUACGCCGCCAUGGGGGCCGUGCCGGAUCCCUCGAUGGACCUCAUCCCCGACUACACCGACGAGAACAUGCUGUCCUACCCCAUGUCCACGGCGCUCUCAUUCUCCCCCAACGGCUAUCUCCCCGUCUACCCCGAUACCCAGACACCCUCGCUGUCUAUGCCUGGCUCGCAGGCCGAGCCGAUCGCGUGGGAUGUCGUCACCUCGGCCGAUCUAUCGACGAUGUCCGAACCGCCCUCAGAUGGCUGGUCCCUGGACAUGCUCUCAAUGACCAAUCUCCCUCCAGCCGAAACCACCUGCCCCAGCUACGCCAGUGUGCCCUCGCCGGGAGAAUUCAGUGGACCCUCGACGCCGGACUUCCUCCCUAUUCAGCACUUCGACGACGACUCGGGACCCAGCUCUGAGACGAGGACCGAAGAACUGGUGGGAAUGGGCCUCUACAACCAACCUGAUGGCUCGCUGGCCGGAUCUGCCCUGCAAGGACCGUCCGGCAAGGGCUUGAAGCUCGAGGAAACAUUCAGUCCGUCCGAAAAGGAAAAGGAAGAAUGCAUCGAUGUCGAGGGCAGCGAACUCGACUCGGUUCCCUCGCAGCCCAGCCCGGGCCAGUCGAUGCCAACCGCCCACGCGGUGAACCCUGUCGUUUCGAAGCAGACGUCGAAGCAGGCUUUGAACCUUCUUCACAAGUCUUUCUUCUUUGACCACGACGAUCUGGAUCAGCAGGCCAUGACUGCUGCGCAGCCUUUCGCCAGCUUGAACCAGCCUUGCAUGAGUUACGGAUAUGGAUGGAUCUGA